AUGCCUAUCACCGGAGUCUUCUUUAUCCCGGCGAAUCCCAAACUCGUCCACUGCUGCUACUACAGGCGAUGGGGCCUUGAGCAUAAAUUACUACGGGACACACCCUCCUGCCUACCCCCAUCAGCGUAUGCCCCGCUUCCGCAAUUACAACCUCGAUACAUGCACUUUCUCUCCCUCAGCCAUUUCCAAUCCCACGGAUUCGUGUAUAUCUCAAAUCGACCCAGCCCCGACCCUUGGGGAAGUCCUGGCCCGCAUCACACUCAUCCAGGCAUCCCCGCUCCAUCCGCCCAACAGCAAGUUCCAGCUCCGCAACCCCAGCCUAUCAACGAAAAAGACGGCCAACAGCCCUCCCGCUUCCCACCUUCAUCACCCUGGACCAUGAUAACCCCCGACCCAGCAUCAUUCAAUUCAUUUUUCGCAAUGACCCUCCGCGCCUGCGAACCCCUCUGGUGUCACCGCCACACCACCAUCGUCUCCGGCGGCACUGUGUUCGAAGUUGGGGAUUUCCGCGUCCGAGUUGGGGACGUCCGACAAGCCCAGCCCGCCCAGCGGGUUCGCGGGUGCAUUGUCGAAAUCGAGUACCGCGGACCGGGCCAGACCAGCAUCUCCGCAGACGGAGACUGGCGCCUUUCCGCUUUUGAAUCUGGCACGGAAGAGCCGUUGGCGAUGGGUGACGGGUUUUCCGAGCUUUCCAACACGAUGGUGGAUGGUGAGGAGGAUCUUCCCACGGAGGAGGAUUGGGAUGUAGGCGAGAAGCUGAUACGGGAGUUUUGGAGUGGGUUUGCGGUGCCCGGGGCGAGAGAGGCGAUCCGGGUGCCUGGUUUAAUGACGGAGGUGAAUAAGGCUCGGCACAAGGGGAUGAAGAGGGUCACGACGGCGGAUGCGGGGCCGUCGAAUACAGGAAUUAAGGGGGCUGAUUUGGCAAGGCAGUAUAUGGAGCUUUUGCGAUUCAAUCGGUGA